ACACACGUUUUCGGGACACUCUCAGUUUUAGUCGAUCCUCAUUCACUGACCCGUUCAGUUCGGAAAGAUAGUGCGGACGUGUUCUUGUGUGAAGGUGAAACUUGGCGCUUGGCACAGAAUUUGUUUGGGUCGUGCCAAAGCAGAAUACCGGUAAAAGUGUCACGAGAUCUGUGUUGUGUGCUGGGUGUUGUUUUGAUUGUCCGGAUUCUACCACGAAAUGGCAUUAGCUCGGCUGGUAGAACGAAUCGAGCGAACGCUGUACGUGCACUACGAGGAUAGCUUUGUUUACUUCUUCGAGCCAAACUUUGAAGCACUGCCACCGGAGCUCCUGAUCAAACUGUUCCAGUACCUCAAUCCAAGUGAUCGCAGUGCAGCCGCACUCGUCUGCCGCUCCUGGUACGAUGCGUUCCGCUACAUCGAGUUCCAGCGUGCCGUUCGGCUUCACAUCCACGACAUAGAGUUUGUUGACAAUGGGCAUCCGCUAAACAAACUGAUGACAUCCUUUCGCUACUUCACCGACGUCCGCAUCACGAAGGUAGUGUUCGGCAACAAGAGCGAGUUCUGGAGCGAGUUCGGCGACGGCAUCGAGGAGCUGACGUUCGACAACUGUGUCAUCUGGAAGCACAAGCUCGUCUCGAUCCUGAAGUACAUGCCCCGGUUGCGCCGCCUGCACGUCCUAAACUGUCCCGAUCUGUUCAAAGCGUGGAAGCUGAUCGAGAACACCACGGUCACGUGGAAUCUCGUCAUGCCCGAGCUGCGGCACCUUAGUUUGGCGCGCAACAAUCGCUUCCAGGACUUUCACUUCGACCAGCUGGUACAGCUUGCACCGCGGCUAGAUUCGCUCGACGUGUCGGAGUGUUUCAGCAGCAUCGAGGCGCGGCAGCGCGUACUCAUGCUGAAUCACAUUCUCGAGUUUGUGCGAACGACCUGCGAUCGGUUGCGCCAUCUCUUCCUCGCCGGUACACCGAUCGACAAUGUGUUUCUCCGCGGCCUGGCCGACAUUCGCGCCCUCUCACUGCGCAGCCUGGCGCUGAUGGUGUGCGAAAAGAUUCCCACCAACGAGCCGGGCAUUAUCGAUCUGCUGCGUGCUCAAACGGGGCUCACCCAUCUCGAUCUGUCCAAGUCGCUGGCGCUGAACGACUACGCACUGAUACAGAUCUCCCGCUCGAUUCCGCAGCUCGAGACGCUCAUCCUCAACCGGUGCUGGAUGAUUACCGACUACGGCAUUACGGCGAUCAAAAGUCUGGUACGGUUGCGGCACAUCGAUCUAACGAACUGCGAGCGCAUUACCGAUGCCGGGCUGGUGGGCGGCCUGUUCACACACAAUCGCCGCAACGUGCGCAAGCUGUACCUGGGCCUGCUGACCAACAUGAGCGAUGCGGCACUCACGAAGGUGUCGUUCGAGUUCUGCGACCUGGUCGUGCUCGAUCUCGGCGGCUGCUCGAACAGCAUCAACGAUCUGUCGAUACAGUACAUCUUCUACCACAUGACGAAGCUGCAGGAGCUAAAUUUAGACUGCUGUGCGAAGAUUUCGGAUGCCGGCAUCACCGGUGUCAACCUUGAGGAGAAAGCAUUCGCCAUCUGGGACAUCGAGCUAUCGUUCUCCAUUGCCGAUCUUAUCGGCCUGCGAUCCCUCAAACUAGCUGGCUGCUACAAAAUCACCGACUACUCCUUCGAGCGCUGCUUCAACUUCAAGGAGCUGAAGGAGAUCAGCUUGGCCCGGCUGCUGCAGAUCAGCGACCAUGGCAUCGAACGACUCGCGCUCGGCUGCCCUUCGCUCGAGGUCGUCGAUUUCAGCGAGUGCCGCACGAUCACGGACCGCUGCAUCGAGAUCAUCACCAAGUGCGAGCCACGGCUAACCACACUGAAGCUCCAGAACUGCACGCAGAUCACGGACAAGGCGAUCCGGCAUAUCGUGGAGAACUGUCGCGUACUGCGCGUACUGAACAUACGCGGCUGCAUUAACAUUUCAUCGUACGCGGAGAAAAAGCUGUCGGCAGUGAAAUCGUUGCGAUAUCUGCACGGAACCACACCGGAAGUGAUCUAGGGGAGGAGGGGGGUGUGCACGAUGGAAGGUGUUGUAAAUUGUGUUUAUUUAGGUAAAUAAAUGUUUUUCGAAAGUG